AUGUCGACGUCACAGCCGUCACAACAACAAAACCCAGAACAAGUUGUCAAUGAUAUUAGGCAAAAAAUAGAAAAAGAACGGAAAAUCAUUCAAGGUUUCAAUGAUGUCAAAAGAAAUACCAACAAUCCAGAGGUGAUUCAGAAAUGUAAAUCGAAAAUCAUUGAAUCACAAUCAAUGAUUGAUUACUACCAAGAAACUAUGAACAAAUUAACUCGACAGAUGCUGCGUUUAAAUACUAAUUCCAGUUCACGGACAGCUAGUAGGAGCUCGGUCAUUUCUGAGUACAAGCCAUCGUACUCCAAUUUUGAUUUGAUUAAAUACGAAUGUCCCUCACUUGGUAAUAAGAUUCAAUUUAUGUUGCAAUAUUUGGAAUUCAAACUCCAAGUCGAAAAUAAGUAUUCCGAGGCCAAUAAAAAAUUGUCUCAUCUUUAUCUUAUGGAUGGUGACAAAUCUUCCAGUAAUGCUGCUGAAGGUGGUAGAGCUGAGAGUGAUCAAAGAAUUCAAUUGUUGGAAAAAGCUUUGAAGAAAUAUCAAAAGUUUAGUAUCAAUGACCAUGAAUUUGACCGUGAUUACGAAAUAAUGGACAGUACAAAACAUUCGAGAAAGUUGUUAACUGGUAGAUUGACUGUUUCCAUCACAUGCAUUAGAGAUGUUGAUCACAUAGCUACUGCAUUAGCUAAGAAGCGUGAGACAGUUGUGGUAAUUAAAGUUGAUGAUCUCGAGAAAGCUCGAACAAAACCAUCGAAAAAUGAUAAUUGGAACGAAGAAAUGGUGAUUGAUGUUGAUAAAAGUCACGAAAUAGAGCUUGCUGUGAUGGAUAAACAAAAUGGAAUUUAUGUCCCCGUUGCUGUAAACUGGUUUUCACUUUUUGAUUUAGCAGAAGAGAUACGUAAAAAGAAAGUUGCUAAAGAUCAGGGCUCCAGUGGGUGGUUGCCUGCAGCCAAUUUACCUCAAACUGGUGGUUCUGGUGCUGGUACUGGCUCAAGUAUGACUGGUGGGGCUAGUUAUGGAGCAACCUCGCCUCUCCCAGCCCAUAAUGACUUGAGACCUUCAGUAUCUCCUUCAAGUGAUGCUAAAGAAAACAAAGUUCUGGUCAGUACUUGGUUGAGCUUAGAACCAGGUGGUCAAAUGUUGAUUAAUUUGAAUUUUGAAAAAUCAAUAACCAAUGGAAAGCAAUUUAGAGGACCAUUAGGACGUCAUGGGGCCAUCCGUCAAAAGAAGGAAGAGGUAUUUGAAAAGCAUGGACACCAGUUUGUUCAAAAACAAUUUUAUAAUAUCAUGUCCUGUGCCCUUUGUGGAGAGUUUUUACGUUACACGGGUUAUCAAUGUCAAGAUUGUAAAUUUUUAUGCCACAAGAAAUGUUAUCAAAAGGUUGUUACCAAGUGUAUUUCCAAGUCAGGCUCCGAUUAUGAUGCUGCUCAGUUGAACCACCGUAUUCCGCAUAGGUUUGAGCCAAUCACAAACCAUGGUACCAAGUGGUGUUGUCAUUGUGGUUAUAUUUUGCCAUGGGGUAAGAAGAAUGUUAGAAAGUGUACUGAGUGUGGUGUUAUGUGCCAUGCCCAAUGUACACAUUUGGUUCCAGACUUCUGUGGUAUGUCAUUGCAAAUGGCUAAUGAGAUUCUUGCAACGAUUGAGUCAACUAAAGUUUCACCAAAGAAGGCACAACAUCAGCAAUCACAUGCCAAGCCGUUACCACCUAAACCACCGAUUGAAAGCAAGCCAUCUAUGGAUUCAGAAGAAACUUUGCACAAUGAGCCGUCGUAUAAAUCUUUGCGACCAGCGUCAGUGGUUCAUCAAGACACUAACUUUGUUUCAAAAUUGCCUACUACAGUUCAAAAUAAAUAUCAGGAACCAGUAGAGUUACCACCACAACAACAGAAUCAGGUCGUUCCUUCUACUAGACGUCGGGGUCAUGGACUGACUGACCUUAGUUUUGAAACUGGUUACGGUCAACAACAGCACCAGCAUCAUCGUGAUGUGCCACAGAUUGUUGUUGAAGACCACCAACAUUACAAUUCAAAUGAUAAUAGAGAUGUCGAAAUGGAAGAAUCUAAGGAUGAAUUUGACAACUUUGACUAUAAUAACAAGUACACCGAGAAUGAAAUUCUCACUGAUGUUCAACAAGACCAGGUCCGUAGUCCCUUUGCUGAUCAAAUACAAGGUGUUCCUGAAACUUCUCAUGCAAAACAGCAGAAUCAACAAGUACAACAAGUACAACAACAAGAAGAACUUGGCCAUCAACGUACUCAUUCUUCAGGAAAAUUUGGCAAGUCUAAGCGUCGCAAAAGAAAGGUUGGAUUAGAUGAUUUCCAAUUCUUGGCUGUUUUGGGUAAAGGGAAUUUUGGUAAAGUUAUGUUGGCUGAGUCGAGGCAUACUCUGAAAUUAUGUGCCAUCAAAGUGUUGAAGAAAGAUUUCAUUGUUGAAAAUGAUGAGGCCGAAAGUGUUAAGUCUGAAAAACGAGUAUUCUUAACGGCUAAUAAAGAGAUGCAUCCAUUUUUGUUGAAUUUGCAUUGUUGUUUCCAAACAGAGAAUAGAAUCUACUUUGUUAUGGAGUAUAUAUCUGGAGGUGACUUGAUGUGGCAUAUUCAAAAGAAUCGAUUUACCGCGAAAAGAGCCAAGUUUUAUGCUUGUGAAGUGUUAUUGGGGUUGAAAUAUUUCCAUGACAAUGGGAUUGUUUACCGUGAUUUGAAAUUAGAUAAUAUCUUGCUUACAACUAAGGGGCAUAUUAAGAUUGGUGACUAUGGGUUAUGUAAAGAGGAUAUGUGGCAUAAAAGCACCACAUCGACAUUUUGUGGUACGCCAGAGUUUAUGGCACCGGAAAUAGUGGCGGGUAAAGCAUAUGAUAGAAGUGUUGAUUGGUGGGCAUUUGGUGUGUUGUUGUUCCAAAUGCUUUUAUGUCAGUCUCCAUUUAAAGGGGAUGAUGAAGAUGAUAUUUUCAAUGCUAUUGAGAACGAUGAAGUUAAAUAUCCUAUAAAUUUAUCUAGACAAACAGUAUUGGUGCUACAAGCAUUAUUGACAAAGGAUCCAUCGCAGCGUUUAGGUAGUGGACCAAAAGAUGCUGAAGAAAUUAUGGAACAUCCUUAUUUCCAUGAUGUUAAUUUUGAUGAUGUAUUGAAUUGUCGAAUUCCGGCACCAUACAUACCAGAAGUUCAAUCAGAACAUGAUUAUUCUAAUUUUGAUAAAGAGUUUACAUCUGAAACACCAAGAUUGACACCAGUGGAAACAGUUCUUACUUCUGAAAUGCAAGAACAGUUUAGAGGGUUCUCGCAUAUAUCUGACAAUGCAACGAUUUGA